AUGUUGCAACAUAUACGAAGCGCGUUGAUUGAGAAACUUGAGGAACAACGGGAAGAUGAACCUUACUGCAAAGUUCAAUGGUCAGACACAAAAAAAAUUGAAAUUAUUCCACAAAAAUACAUUCAAUUAGCACCAUUAGAAACUGUUCGUACAAAUGUAACUUACACUAUUUUUAUCGAUGGUUCUAGACGUUAUGGAACAGUUCUUAUGAUAGGUACGAAACAACAGUGUGAAUCAAGUCAAUACAGACAUGCACUUCAUGGAUCAGAUUCUCCUGUUAGAAAAGGUUCUGAUCAGCCUGUUGAUGAUGUGAUGUUAAUGAGAAUUAUUGGAAAAUUAAUAAAUCAGACUAGUUCCAAUGAUUCGCAUAAAACUGAAGAUGUUCAUGAUGCUGAAUGUGCAUCUUGUAAAAUGAAACCAAUUCGUCAUGUUGAUCGAUAUCAUUGUUUAGAAUGUCCACCAUCGUCAAACUAUGAUUUAUGUGGACGUUGUUUUGAGAAACGUCGUGAAACAGAACAUCACUCUAGUGGUCAUGCUAUGGUCCAGUUUAAACUACCUAAUGAAUUCUUAGGUAUACCAGUUCAUAAUGUUAAUAAUGAAGUUACUUUACAUAAAUUAAAACACUUAAGUACUCUUCAAAAUGAACAUCAUAAAGGAAUCAAAUGUGAUGGCACUUGUCAACAAAAACAUUUUUAUGGUUUACGUUUUAAAUGUGAUACUUGUCCUAAUUAUAACCUAUGUGAAAAAUGUGCCAUUGAAAAGCAUAUUUGUACAAAAUCACAUGAAAGAAAUCAUCCAAUGAUUUUAACUUCAAAUAGUGUUAUACCAAAAGUUGAUCCAACUGAUAUUGAGUUUGGAGAGGUUUUAGGUCGAGGAGGAUUUGGAUAUGUAUGCAGAGCAGUUUGGCGACCAAAGAAUCGUGAAGUUGCUUGUAAAGUAAUUGAAGUUUCUGGUGCAUCAACCAGUUCUCACACACUGCAACGAAGUUUUCUUCUUGAAUUAGCUGCUUAUCGAGAAUUAUCAGGUCCAUAUAUUCUUAAAACAUUUGGUUUUGCUACUAAUGAAUUACCCGCAACUCGUCAUCGUGGCUUAACAACACAAUUUAUGAUUCUAAUGGAACUGAUGGGACGUGGAAGUUUACAAGAUCUUCUUGAGAAUGAACCACAUAAAAUAUCUUUAAGACGUAAAGUAGCAUGGGCUCGUCAAGUAGCAUCAGGCAUGAGACGUAUUCAUCAGCAUGGAAUGGUACAUCGUGAUAUUCGACCUGAUAAUAUUCUUAUAAAUGAUGAUUAUGUUGCUAAAAUUGGCGACAUGGGCAUUGCUCGAGUUAUUGAUCCUAAUGGUCAACAAACUCAAUUAGGAUGUUUACAAUUUAUGCCACCUGAAUUUUUUCAUGAACAAUCCGAAGGACAUAUCAGAUGUGACGAGAAAUUAGAUAUUUAUACAUAUGGUUUAACAUUAAACCAACUAUUUACAGAAAUAAUGCAUGAUUUUCGUUUAAAUCGAGCAACAUCACGUAUAAUAAUCACGAAACCAAGUCCAGUUUUUUAUGAUGAAAUUAUUGUAAAGUGUUUAGAAACUGAUACUAAACAAAGACCUACAGCAAUUGAAAUUGAGAAAACACUUGAAGUAUAUGAACAAGCAUUUAGCGAAACAAUGUUAAGUGACGCUUAUACUCGAAUGAAUACAAAAGAAAAAGAUAAAGUUUUUCUUGAAUUUUAUCAAACAAAUAAGCAUCAUAUUCAACGGUUUCUUAAAGACAACUUUCCUCAACAAUUCAUGAGAGAAAGUCCAGUUAAAGUUGCAGAUAAACAACAACAACCACCACCAACUCCAACAUUUCGUGACGAACAAAAUAAAGACAAUUGCCGUGUCAAUUAA